AUGGAUCUAGCUGGCGAUACCUUCAGGCAGGGUGUGGCACCCUGCGAGUACGUCUUCGACAACCAGAACAUCUGCCCCAAGGACGUUCAGAGCGCCAUCCAGCCGUGGAAUCCCAAAGCGUACGCCUACGUCAGCUCCGGUGGCAUGUACCUGCCUGUGCCGAAGGGGCCGCUGAUCGAAGGCGGCGCGGUGAAGCUGGACAACAAGCAGCUGUCCAUUGAGAACAACGCUCGAAGUUUGGGCCUCAACUGGUGCGCCUUCCGACCGCAGUACAUUUACGGGCCGAAAACGAACAAGCGAGAUUACAUUGACUGGUUUCUUGAUCGCAUCUCACGCGAUCUACCCUUUCCGCUGCCGGCAGAUGGCUCGCUCUUCACCACCCUCACGAACAGCGAGGAUGUUGCAGGGGAGUCCGUACAGGAAGAUAAAAGCCCGGAGCACCAAGCGAGGGGAAUCCAUGAUGCGCUUUAA